CGGACACAGGAUCGUACGCCAUCCUUCCUGCUCACCGGCCAAGAGUAGACAGGGCAGCAGACAAUUACGUUCAUCGUACGCAUCCUCACGCAGACAUCCCCUUGCCUCGCCCCCUUCACCUCAUCACCUCCACCCUCCUCGUCCUUCACCCACACCACUCGCCCACCAUGGCUGCCGUACUCGGCGAGUCGUCCACUUCCGCCCAGCAGCAGGCAGCCAAUGACUACAUGAUCAAGCCAGAGAAGACGGGUCCCAUCCUCAACACCGCACAGUGGCCCCUCUUGCUCAAGAACUACGACCAACUCCUUGUCCGCUCCUCGCACUUCACACCCAUCCCUCAUGGUUGCUCCCCCCUCAAGCGUGACCUGCAGUCCUACGUAAAGUCCGGCGUGAUCAACCUGGACAAGCCCUCUAACCCAUCCUCUCACGAAGUGGUGGCAUGGAUCAGGAGGAUUCUCAGGGUGGAGAAGACUGGUCACUCUGGUACUCUUGACCCCAAAGUCACUGGUUGCCUCAUCGUAUGCAUCGACCGAGCCACCCGUCUAGUCAAGUCGCAGCAGGGAGCCGGUAAGGAGUACGUGGCAGUACUUAGGCUGCACGACUCCCUUGAGGACGUCAAGAAGCUGCCCCAGGCCAUCGAUACCCUGACUGGAGCCCUCUUCCAAAGACCUCCGCUCAUCUCGGCUGUGAAGCGUCAAUUGAGAAUCAGGACCAUCUACGAGUCCAAGUUGCUUGAAUUUGACAACAAGAGGCACUUGGCCGUCUUCUGGGUUAGCUGUGAAGCAGGAACAUACAUUAGGACAUUGUGUGUUCACUUGGGUCUGCUGUUGGGUGUGGGAGGUCACAUGCAGGAGCUGAGGAGAGUCAGGUCGGGAGCAUUGAGCGAGAACGAUGACAUUGUCACCAUGCACGAUGUUCUGGACGCUCAAUGGCUGUACGACAACCAGCGAGAUGAAUCCUACCUCCGCCGAGUCAUUCGUCCUCUCGAAGCUCUCCUAGUGGGGUACAAGCGUAUCGUCGUCAAGGAUUCGGCCGUCAAUGCCGUCUGCUACGGUGCCAAGCUAAUGAUUCCUGGUCUGCUCCGCUACGAGGCCCAAAUCGAGCUCAACGAAGAGGUUGUGCUAAUCACCACAAAGGGUGAGGCCAUUGCCCUUGCCAUUGCCCAGAUGACCACGGCGGACCUGGCUACAGCAGACCACGGCAUCGUCGCAAAGGUGAAGCGGUGCAUCAUGGAGCGGGACACUUACCCUCGCAGGUGGGGUCUAGGACCCAAGGCCAUUGAGAAGAAGAAGAUGGUCAAAGAUGGAAAGCUGGACAAGCAUGGAAAGGCUCUGCCCGGAGUUACACCAGAGGGAUGGUCAAAGGGCUAUGUAGACUACUCUGGAGCGGCAGAAAAUGUCAGCGGUAGCGCUGCCGCCGCACCACCUCCGGCAGUGUCUAGCGAUUUGGCAGCAACGGCAGCAGCAGCAGCUGGUGCAGCCACUAGUGCCGCCACUGCCCUUGCGACGUCUGCGUCAGACUCGUCGAAGAAGAGGAAAGCAGACGAGGAAGGAGACAAGGCAGAUGAGACGGGUGUAUCGAGUAAGCGCGAGGGAGAGACGGAAGAGGAGAAAAAGGCAAGAAAGGCGGCAAAGAAGGCAAAGAAGGAGGCAAAGGAGGCGAAAAAGUCAAAGGACGCUUAGCUCUAGCCUCUUUAGUAGAGACUUGUGACUAUUGUCUUUCUCCCCCCACCCACCCUUCCCCCUCAAUCGCCCACUCUUUGUCGAAAUUCUCUACUGUCGUCUUCCUGGCUCUUUCUUUUUUCGCUGCUUCGUGUACACGCAAUCGCACUUUUGUUCUCAUCCUUGUGCUCGUCCUCAUCCACCUUCCCUUCCCUUCCCUUCCCUUGUUCGAU